AUGGCCCAAACUGAGCAACUCGCCGGCCAGAUGGGCUUCCUGACAGACGCCGCCCAUUUGCUGGCCCGCUCAGCCCCAGAAACGUCUGCAUACCUACUGUCGCAACGCAACGCCGUGCUUUUGAGUCAUGAUGUGAUACCGUCCGACGCACAAAAGGAGCACGUCUGCGGUGGAUGCGGUCACAUAUUAAUCCCUGGACAUGGUGAUUUCCUAAGAAUCGACGCCGAGAGGGCCGUGCUGCAACGCAGGAGCGGCGGUAGACUAAAUCCGGGUCAGCAGCAGCAGCAGCAGCAGCAGCAGAAGCAGGGGCUCAAGCAGGGACGUAAGGAGCGCCAGGCGGGCCCGGCCAAAGUUUACACGUGCGGCAUGUGCCAAAGAUACACCAAGCUCGGGCUCUCAGCGCCGGAUCCCAUCAGGCGCCGAAGGAAGCGACAGACGGUCGACGUCCAGGGACAGGCGCCUGUGACGACCAAGGUGGGCAUGGACAAGACGGCACAGCAAACAUCCAGUUUCGCGCCAGGCGUGAUGCCCUCUGCCAAUGCAAGCAGCAAAAAGCGCGCAAAGAAUCGAAAGGCGGGCCUGCAGGCACUGCUGAGCCAGAAACAGAACGAGACGGCGAGCAAGUCAGGCCUUAGUCUUGCGGAUUUCCUCAGCAAGUGA